AUGGUCUUCCUUCUGCCAAAUGUCAUCUUCUCUGUCAUCGCUUUGACUCUCCUGAAAGUAAUGAGCGUCUCUGCUCGCCCGGUUUCAGAGAAUUCACCGAAUCCCACAAAUGCGCGACGUUACUCUGAACAUGUCCCCCCGAUAGGCUCUGAUACAUUCAAUCCUGGAACACUCUCUCAUCCCGCCACCGUCGCGGUCGAUCCAUUAGAGGUGUUAUUGGAUGGAUCGGGGCUCGGGGCACUUGAUGGCCACGAUGAAGGUUCCAGUAAUAUCAACGAAGGACAAGGUCCACUAGACGAAAUUGCCCACCUGAACCCGAGAACGUAA